AUGCCGAAGAAAUUUAGUGGAGAAAAUACAAAGGCAGCUGCUGCACGAGCCAGGAAAGAUGCUGCAAAACGGGAAGCAAAUGAAAAAAAGAAACAGGAGGAGGAAGACGAGUACUGGAGGGAUGAUGAUAAGGCGAAUGCACGUAAAUUGCAAAGGAAGGAAGAAGCUGAGCGGAAGCGACAAGAUGCUCUUCAGCGAAAACUAGAAAAUCGUUUAGCACAUGAUAGUGAAAUGGAGAAAUUGGCUGGAAAAAACCCUGUCCCUGUUAAAAUCACUCAAGCUGCAAUACAAGCGAAUUUAAGAGCAGAAGCCAAACGCGUUGAGGAGGAGGAGAAACGACAGAGGUUGUUGAGAGAGUCUCGCCUUGAGACUUUACAGACCGAAGAAAUUGAAGAAAAUAUUAAUCACCUACAGAUAGAAGGUGAGGUGGCUCGGUCUGUUACUGAGGCAAUCGCUGUAUUGUCAAACGACAGCCCAACGAUUGAUCGUCAUCCAGAGAAGAGGGUCAAAGCAGCAUACGCGGCGUUUGAAGAGAAAAUGAUGCCUCGUCUAAAAGUAGAGCACCCGACAUUCCGCCUUUCUCAGUUGAGACAAGUCUUGAAGAAGGAGUGGCAAAAGUCGCCAGAGAAUCCGCUAAAUCAGAAGAUUUUAGAUAUUGUUAAAUGA